AUGACGGAGAAGCUCGAUCACGGCUGCAGAGUCAUGUCCGUCAAUGGCGAAGUAGCUGCGACGAUCUACAAGCCUCUAGACAAUAACAGGCAAGAAAUUCGACUUCUCACGCUUCUUCCGCCUCGAGACCGAGAUGCAGAUAUUCACUGCACCCUUUCACACGCCAUGCUCAACACUUCAUCUGAGAAUCCAGAGUACGAAGCCCUAUCGUAUGUUUGGGGGGAGCCUGAUUUCUCGGAGCCGAUCAUUCUCAACAAUCACACUUUCUUCAUCACACCAAGCCUGAAAUACAUUCUAUCGUGCCUGAGGCAAAGACAAAAGGAUGGCCAGCCGCGAGUUCUUUGGGUUGAUGCGAUCUGCAUCAAUCAGUCAGAUGUCGAGGAGCGGGGUCAUCAAGUCGCUCUCAUGCGCGAAAUAUACUCAAAUUGCCAGCGAGAUAUCGCAUGGCUAGACCCGAUGAUAGGCACCAAAGACGUCAAGGCUCGUGAGCUCUACAGUCAUGCCGAUCUUGACGAAGAAGAAGAAUGGGUGCAAAAGGGCAUGGACUUGAUGCGCGAGAUCGCCGAGAAGAACCCGCAAACUCUGAAAGAACUACAAGAUCAGGCCCGGCAAGGUUAUCGUCUCCUCACAGGCUCGCAGCUCGUUCUCGGUGCCGUAUUCAGGCAGCCAACACUCUGGAGCCGGUUGUGGGAUGUCCUGAAAAGCCUCUUCAAAGACGAGCCAUACUUUGAUGCGUUCCACAUGGGCCGUGAGAGUAGUCAUUCUCCCUCAUAUUAUAAGGACUUUAGUGAAGUGUUCGUUCCCGUCAAGCUGAUUGAGGACCAACGCCGCCUCAUGUCACAGGGGUCCAAGCUCAUGGAUGUGCUUGUGCGAUUUCGCGAAAUGGAGUCCACAAACCCUCGGGACAAGAUUUUCGGGCUCCUUGGCCUGGUCACGGAAGAGCACGGUAUAAAUGUCGACUAUAUGACGUCAGUGCCAGAAUUGUAUCAACAGGCGACGGCCUCUUUAAUCAAUCUCGCCGGAAAUUUGGAUAUCCUUUGCCAAAACCCAUUUGAACGCCCGGAAGGGCCUACAGCGCUGCGAGAGGGAGAACAUAGAGUGCCAUCUUGGGUUGCUGAAUACGAUAGCAAGCGUCGGCAAUGCGCAACAAUGCUCUUUGCCCAGCGCGACAUCUUCAACGCUGGUGUCAGGAACUGCGAGACUCCAUGUCGACUCAUCGGCCCCGAAAAGGAUAUCCUGAUCACCAAAGGCACCAUUCUUGGAACAGUCGCACCUGUCCUCCAGAACGACAAACGCCUGUCAGCGUUCGAUGUCAUGAACCUUUACCUUGGCAAGGAAGUACUUGAGCAUCCCCAGGAGCAUCUGUAUGCCCCGAAAGUCGGCGGUAAAGAGAUAUUGACAGGCGAGACUGCAAUUCGUGCAUUCUGGCGAACGAUGGUAAAGGAUUGCACUCUCCCACCAAGAAUGCGUCGGUUGAGACAAACCGAAAUUGAGAGGUUGGAUGUUGAAAACCAAGAGCAGUUAAAAAGUGAAUGGGGCCCCCUACAGACAUAUCGUUUACAUUUUGGCAACAAAUACUCAAGAUCUGCAUUCGGUUACCAGCCCACCGAUGACGAGGAUCUCACUAAGCUUGAUAUCGAGGGUCAAAUUUCACAUCAUUACAGCCCUGGUAGCUUCAUGUUCGCGGUCACAGAUAAUGGUCUCUUUCUAGCAACGCGCUUUGCUGCGAAGGAGGGUGAUGUUGUGGCUGUCCUAGAUGGGGGAAAGGUACCUCUGGCGUUACGCAAGGUUGAACCUAGAGACGGUGUUGAAGGUGAGGUGUAUAUGGUUGUUGGUUCGACCUACGUGCAUGGUUUCAUGGACGGUGAGGCGGAGGCUAGUGUCACUGAAGGUUGGUUGCAGAAGCGGGAGAUUCUGAUCGCGUGA